AUGGCGCUCCCCAUUCUCCCUAAUACGGACAACUUCUUAGGCGUGGCCCUCGUCAUCAACCGCUCCCGCGACGGCCCGCGUUUUGUCUUCCACUACCCGCAAUCUCUCCAACCCUCCAGCGGGGCCCACACACACGCCGGCGGCGCUAGCUCCGGCUCUGGUCCCUGCCCCGGCCCCGGUGACCUCGACGACGACGACAGCGUGCUGCCCAGCCGACCCUCGCGCGAUGUCCGCAUCGAGACGGGGACAGCAUCCGUGGUGCUCGCGGCCGAGCUGGCCCAGUGGAACCACGACGACCACCUGGUCACCGAAAGCGGGACCCAGAUCGUGCCGUGGGAGCAUGUCGCCGGGUUCCCGACCAAGGACCUGGAGAACAUCCUGACGCCGGCCCGCGCGUACCACAAGCGCCUCUUCCAGGUCUCGCUGGAUCCUAUCUACUGUGUCUCGUAUCCGAUUCAGGUGCCGGAGAACGGGGUGUGGCGGAAGAAGAAGAAGAAGAAGCCUGUGGAUGAGAAGAAGGGUGAAAGACAGCGGCUAUCACAGUCACAGUCACAGUCGCUCUCACAGAGGGACUCGGCAGGUGGAGGAAACGGUAUCAGGAAGGACGAGGAAGACUCCCGGAGCGGCGGAGAGAAGGGCCCAAGCGAUGAGGGCGAGAGAGUCGACGUGCGGGACAUGGCAAACCCGACGGCGCAGAGCAGGACGGCCGAGGAAGCUGAGGACAAGAAGAGCUCCAUGACCAUGUUCAACCUGGUCUUCUUCCUCAACCCCAAGAAGCACGAGGUCAAACCGCUCGUCGACAUCAUGUUUACCCACAUAAUCAAGAAGAUCAACAAGGCCUACAAGUACUGCCAGCAGCGGAGUGACUUUGUCUGGAAAGAGUCGAAGCGGAUACUGGCUCUCAAGGACAAGGGGCGCGAGGACAAGCGCAAGAUGAGCUCGCUCUGGGAAGAGAUCCUCUCUACUUCGUCCCUCGCCGCAUCCAUGCAAGACAUCUACGAGGCCGUCUCCCAAAACCGGAUCGCCGCUUUGCAGCUCGACACGCCUGAGGGUACCGUGACACAUUCGGUGCAGAUCCCCGUCCCAUUCCACGUCUCGGAUCUCCCCGAUCAGGGCGAGAAGGGCCGCGAUGGGCUCUGGUUGACCACGGCAAACUCGGCCAUGGCUGAGGAGGCCGUGGAAACGCCAGGCUUCCUGGAUAAGAACUUUGCCCUCCUUCUCAUGAUGGACGAGAAGAGGGUCGUUGCCGAGCUACAGAACGACCCGGAUGAGACAACGCUGGCCAUGAUUGAGUUUGUGCGCCACUGCAAGCCAACCCUCUCCUUUCACCAAGUAUGCCAGCUUUCCAGCAACAUCCUCACGCCCGCCCAAGUGCGCAAGUACGCCCAGCACUUUAUUUUCUGGCGGCGCGCCAUCGCCAUCCCGCCUCUUCACGCCCGCGACAUGUACAUUGUCAGCCCCAACUGCGACAUGCGCAGGUUGCCCCAGGCCGCUAUGCAGUGGGCGCGCCAGUUCCCCCUCUCGCCGUCCUUGCCCAACUUCCUCGCCGAGCUCAGCGUGGCCCCGCGGCCGUACAAAUUACACUGCCCUAGCAAGGCCCAUCGCCCGGUCUACAUGGCUAUGCUGGCCUGGCUCAUGCGUGGCGGCUGGGUCACACAACUGUGUACCUUUGCUUACGUCGUCGUCUGGCCGGAGAUCAUCUACGAGGUCGAGCACGCGCUCGAGGCCGAGGAUAUCGCGCGGGCGUACAGCUCGCCGAACAAGGGGCGUGAGUCGGGCAGUCCUGAGCAGGAGGAAAGGAAGCAGGAAGAGAAUGGGGCAUAUCCCUCUACCGCGAGCCCCGGGCUUGGAGACUCAGCCGUGUCAGCUUUCCACUCGGGUUUCCUCCCGCUCCUCGCUGAGCCCCACGACCACACCUCUCCCAGUACCCCAAGCCUUCGCAACCUCUCGCUCUCCCACUCCAACUCCCACUCCCCCAUCUAUCCCACGACCGCCACAGGGUCAACACCCGUCUCCCCGCUUUCCACUCGCAUCACCUCUCCUAUGCCAUUACCUACCUUCCACUCGACUAGCACUAGCGCCGAUGACGACCACGACGAUAACAACAACAACAAUAACAACCACACUCACAACAACGGCAGCAGUCCACCCUCGGAGCCCACCCCCGUCGAAAAAGCAGCCGAAAAAGCCCGCCUAGCCCGUCUCGCCGACCGAGCCGCCCGAGCCCUCGCCGAGCGCGCCACCGCCCACGCCCGCAAGGCUGCGCCUCAACAGACAGCCCACCCCAGCGUGAACCGCGCGCCACACUUGGACAGAAUCACUCCCCACGUAAUCUUAGACGCGAAGAAGGCGACGGGGCGGGAGAGUCUGUAUCUGAGCGCGAUCGAGAAGCGGUUGCGGGAGAGGAAGAGCGUGAGUGGCAGUCGGAUUGGAGAAAGGGAGAGAGGAGGAGGAGGAGGAAGUAGUAGUAAGCACAGCCAUAGGAACGGACACCACGGCCACAGCCACGGCCACAGCAGCCUCAACAGAAGAAACCACCCCACCAACCCAGGAACCGGCCCCAACUCCACAGCCACCCCCAACAACAACCCCAACAACAACCCCAACAACAACCCCACCACACUAGACUGGGACGAGCGCGUAGCCAACAAUUGGCCAGUCCUCUGCAAGUACUUCAACGGCCGCUCGGCGCUUGAGCGCAUCGCGCUGCAGGAGGACAUGAAGCGCAAGGACGUGUGGAACCUCCUGACGGGGAUGAGCGAGUACCUGCUUUCUGUGAGGCAUUGGUAG